UGUCGGUGGUGCGGGCGCUCGGCCGCUGUCAGCGCGGCGCGCCGGAAGGAGGGCGGAGCGCGGCCCGCGGUGUUUGGUUCCGGCGGGGCUGUGAGGGCGGCGGGGAGCUGUGGCCAUGGGGGUCCCCAAGUUCUACCGGUGGAUCUCGGAGCGGUACCCCUGCCUCAGCCAGGUGCUGAAGGAGCAUCAGAUUCCAGAAUUUGACAACUUGUACCUGGACAUGAAUGGCAUUAUACAUCAGUGUUCACAUCCAAAUGAUGACGAUGUCCACUUCAGAAUCUCAGAAGAUAAGAUUUUUGCCAAUAUUUUUCACUAUUUGGAAGUACUGUUUCGAAUUAUUAAACCAAGGAAGGUUUUCUUCAUGGCGGUUGAUGGAGUAGCUCCAAGAGCAAAAAUGAAUCAGCAGCGUGGGAGACGUUUCAGAUCAGCAAAAGAGGCAGAGGACAAAAUAAAAAAGGCAUUGGAAAAGGGAGAAACUCUCCCUACAGAAGCCAGAUUUGACUCCAACUGUAUUACACCAGGAACUGAAUUCAUGGCCAGAUUGAAUGAGCAUCUUAAAUAUUUUGUAAAUAUGAAGAUUUCCACAGACAAGUCCUGGCAAGGAAUAACAGUCUACUUAUCAGGCCAUGAGACUCCAGGGGAAGGUGAGCAUAAAAUUAUGGAGUUCAUCAGAUCAGAAAAAGCAAAGCCCCAUCAUGAUCCAAACACAAGACACUGUCUCUAUGGCUUAGAUGCUGACUUGAUAAUGCUGGGAUUAACAAGUCAUGAGGCACACUUUGCGCUCUUAAGAGAAGAAGUCAGAUUUGGUGGUAAAAAAGCUCAAAGAGUGUGUGCACCAGAGGAAACCACGUUUCAUUUACUGCACUUAUCACUGAUGAGAGAAUAUAUUGAUUAUGAAUUUUCUCCAGUAAAGGACAAGAUUUCUUUUGAAUAUGAUAUUGAAAGGAUAAUAGAUGAUUGGAUCUUAAUGGGUUUCCUUGUAGGAAAUGAUUUUAUUCCUCAUCUACCUCAUUUACACAUUAAUCAUGAUGCACUGCCGCUACUUUAUAGAACAUACAUGGGUAUCUUGCCAGAACUGGGAGGUUACAUCAAUGAAAAUGGGCAUCUGAAUUUAGAACGUUUUGAGAAAUAUCUUACAAGACUGUCAGAUUUUGAUCGUGAGCACUUCAGUGAAGUCUUUGUUGACUUAAAGUGGUUGGAAAGUAAAGUGGGCAAUAAAUACCUCAACGAAGCAGCUGGGAUUGCAGCAGAGGAAGCCAGAAAAAAUAAAAAGAAACAAAAGGCUCAGGAAAAUUCUAUAUCUUUGGCUGCUUUAGAAAAAAAUGAAGGUGAAGUGACCCCUAAAACCACAUUGGAAGAUGAACCAGAAGAUGAUGAUCUGUUUGAAACUGAGUUUAGGCAAUACAAAAGAACUUACUACAUGACUAAAAUGGGUGUAGAAGUAGUGUCUGAUGCCUUCUUAGCUGAACAAGCUGAAUGUUAUGUCCAGGCAAUACAAUGGAUUUUGCAUUAUUAUUACCAUGGAGUUCAAUCAUGGAGCUGGUAUUACCCUUAUCAUUAUGCACCUUACCUGUCAGAUAUUCACAAUAUCAGUGAACUCAAAAUCAAGUUUGAACUUGGAAAACCAUUCAUGCCAUUUGAACAGCUUCUUGCUGUACUUCCAGCAGCUAGCAAAGAUUUGCUACCUAAAUGUUACCAGCAUUUGAUGACUAGUCAAGACUCUCCUAUCAUAGAAUAUUAUCCACCUGAUUUUAAAACUGACCUAAAUGGUAAACAGCAGGAAUGGGAAGCUGUAGUAUUAAUCCCCUUUAUUGAUGAGAAACGACUGCUGCAGGCCAUGGAAUCCUGUAAUAAGGGCCUAAAAGAAGAGGAGAAACGAAGAAACACUCACAGUGCUUGCUUGAUGUACUGGUAUGACAAAGAUGCUGAGUUCCAGUACCUGUCACCAUGGCCAGAGAAAUUCCCUGUAAUAGAACGAUGCCGCACGAGGUAUAAAACAAUACCUUUGGAUGCAUGGCAUGUAGAAAUAACCCACAAUAAGAUAACUAAAAUCAACAAGAGUGCAUUGUAUUUUUGUGGAUUUCCUACUUUAAAGCACAUUAAACAUAAGUUCUAUCUUAAAAAAAGUGGUGUACAAGUGUUUCAACAAAGCAGCCAUGGAGAGAACAUGAUGUUGGAAAUCAUAGUUGAUGAGAACUCAAAGGACCAGAUGGUAGAAAAUGUUGCCAGUUCGGUACUUGGAAAGCGAGUUUUUGUUAACUGGCCCCACCUUGAAGAAGCCAGAGUUGUUGCAGUGUCAGAUGGAGAAACUAAGUUUUAUUUGGAAGAGCCACAUGGCACACAGAAGCUUUACAUGGGAAAUGCAGUGCCCCCAACGAAAGUGGCUUAUGUUGGAGAUAAGGAGCAAAGCAUGUGGGUAAAAGAAGUUCAAGGCAUUUCAGAGCAGUACCAGAGAAGGAAAGGAAUAAUUAUCCAUGAAACUUCAGUCAUUGUAUAUGCUCAAUUACUCACUGGUAAUAGAUAUCAACUAAACCAAAAUGGAGAAGUUUAUUUGGAGAAGCAGUGGUCUAAACAAGUUCUUCCUUUUGUUUACCAAACAGUUGUCAAGGAUAUCAAAACCUUUGACUCUCGUUUUUCAAGCAUCAAAACUUUGGAUGAUUUGUUUCCUCCUGGAAGUACAGCCUUCAUGCUGGGAUCUCCUUACUAUGGCUGCAUGGGAGAAGUUCAUGAUUCACAUGAUGUGAUCCCAGAAGGCAGAAUCCGGGUAGUUUUUAAUAUUCCCUGUGAACCCCAGCUGGAUACUUUAAUACAGAACCAGCAUAAAUAUUCUGUGAAAUACAAUCCUGCAUAUAUUUUGGCCAGCCGUCUUGGAGUAAGUGGAUAUCUUGUCUCCAGAUUUACAGGGAGUAUCUUUAUUGGAAGAGGAUCAAAGAAGAAUCCUCAUGGUGAUCACAAAGCAAAUGUGGGGCUAAACCUGAAAUUCAAUAAGAAAAACGAAGAAGUUCCUGGCUAUACUAAGAAAGUUGGAAAUGAAUGGAUGUAUUCUUCUGCAGUAGAACAGCUACUUGCUGAGUAUUUAGAAAGGGUGCCUGAACUAUUUAAUUAUGUAGCCAAGAACAGCCAGGAAGAUAUCUGCUACGAAGAUGACAUUUGGCCUGGAGAGGAUGAGAAUGGAGCUGAGAAAGUGCAAGAAAUUGUUGCCUGGUUAAAAGCACAUCCUGUGUCUGCUUUGUCUCGCUCAUCUUGUGACUUGCAAAUUUUGGAUGCAGCCAUUGUUGAGAAAAUUGAAGAAGAAGUAGAGAAAUGCAAGCAGAGGAAGAGCAACAAGAAGGUGCGAGUAACUGUGAAACCCCAUUUGCUGUACAGACCAUUAGAACAGCAGAAGGGGGUUGUUCCAGAUCGAGAUGCAGAGUACAGGCUGUUUGACCGUAUUGUCAAUGUCAGAGAGAACUUUUCUGUUCCUGUUGGGCUACGAGGCACCAUCAUUGGAAUUAAAGGAGCUACUAGAGAAACAGAUGUGCUCUUUGAAGUUUUGUUUGAUGAAGAAUUCCUUGGAGGCCUCACUAUCAGGUGCUCACCUGCCAGAGGUUAUCGCCUGCCCUCAAGUGCCUUAAUUAACCUGUCUCAUGGUAGUCGGUCAGAAAUGGGAAAUCAAAAGCUGAUGGCCAUAGUUAAACCUCAGCCAGCAGUGAAUAACUACAACUCAUAUGCAUCUGAUCUGUCAUCUGUAUGCUCACAAAAAGUGCAUCUGGGAGGCCUCAACCAUUCUCCUCGUUCCCUUUUUGUUCCUACUCAACAACUGAAUGGAAGACAGCAUUACAAUCUCAGGGCUGAAAAUCAGGGCAACUCUAACUCACCCCAGAAAGGAUCAUUUCUGAGUGGCAAUCAGAAAAAUAAAGCACAGAGUAAGCAAGAUGACGAAUUCUGCAGCAUAUGGCAGUCGUUGCAGAGUUCUGGGAAGUCUCAUCACAUUCAACAAAACAUGCAUGAGAAGGGUGCAGUUCUACCUCAGGAAAUCAAGCUGGGAACUGGCCAUCAGUUUUAUAAGCCAGGCUUCAAUGACGGCAGCUUUAAAUGUCAACAAAGAAAACAGGAGCCUUAUAAAAAAUUUAAAGAAGAUUCCAAAACUACAAGAGGUGAAAGUCAACCACAUAAUAAAAUGUCAAACCAACAGAAUUUUGCAGGUGUGAAUAAGUACAAUGUCAAACUUUUGAAGAGGAAUGGAAGUCCCAACACGCCUUUAAUUCAGAAGGCUGCAGUUGAUGGUCCCUGCACAGGUGGAAAGAAGGACAAUGAACUGGAAAGGCUUCUAGCUUCUUUGAAAAUUCCCAAAGAAAAUGAAGUGCAGACUUAUUCCAAGGAAGCAAGAGCUACAAACGAGGAACAUCUGUCACCACAGUCAUUUGCUAUGAAAGGAACACAGAUGCUGAAAGAGAUUUUAAAGAUAGAUGGCUCAGAUCUGCAAACAAAGAAUGAAGUGAAAUCACAAGUUAAUGAUGUUCCUGCUCCCUCCAGUAGACAUGAUUGCCAUGGAGCUACUGUGCAAUACAGACCAACCAAAAAAAUGGCUGCUUAUAUGAACAAGCAUAGCCCUGGAGGGCCCCAGAACACACCAGCAAUAGAAACUGGAGGUCACCCUUUCCCUUGUCCACAGCCUGCACUGUCUACUGUUUCUGAGCUUUCUCGUAUUUGUUCUCUUCUUGGAAUGUCACAACCAGAUUUCUCUUUCCUAAAAACACCACAGACCAUGACAGUUUGCCACAUAAAGCUGUCCAAUGGUUUGUUGGUUCAUGGCCCGCAGUGUCAUUCCGAGGCUGAAGCAAAGGAGAAAGCUGCGCUUUUUGCUUUACAGCGCUUGGGUUCUAUAGGAGUAAACUUUGCUUCGCCUCAACCUCCAGCAGUGUUUCCAAAUUACCAACCACUAGGAGUUCCUGUACCACCUGGAUCAAUUCCUCCAGUAUUUGCACAGCCCCCUGCUAAUAUGAUGCCUCCAUCGUCUCACAUGUUUGGUCCAGUGUCCUGGAGUACUCCAGUGCCUAAGCAUUAUUAUCCUGGCACCUACCCAGGAAAUGUGUCUCUUGCAGGAACUAUACCAGUUGGUUCUCACAACCAGUUUAUACCUCUGCAGGUAACUAAAAAAAGGGCUGCUAGCAAGAAAAACUUUGAACUCAAGGAGUUUCAGAGUUCCCCUCAAGCUGCACCACUAAAGAAUGAACAGCCAAUGUCUUCUGACCACAUUCAGCAAGAUAGUUCUUCAGCUCCUUUAAAAUCUCCUCAAGCUGCUCAGUCCACUGUUUCAUUUCAAGACAAUGUGGCUACUCCAAGUGUUCCUCAUAACAAAUCAACACCAAACACUUCCAGCAAGCGAAAGCCAAGAAAACUGGCUGUCAAUUUUGGCGCACCAAAAUCUUCAGAAUAAAUCUGGUAGCUAGGUGUAUUUUAUCUUUAAUUCUUUCCCCACUGUUAUGUUCUAUCAUUUAAAAAAAUCAGAAAUCUCUAUUAAAAAGACCAGCCACUUUAAUUGUAAUAUAGAAGGAAAUGCAUUUUAUUUGCUAUGGUUUUCAGGUUGUCAUUAAAACCAUAAAAAUUAUGUUAAAAAAUUGUUUUAUUUUCACCUAAAUUAGCAAAAGCCAGGAAAUCCUGAGUUAGGGUUGCCAUGCAAUCCUUUGUGCCUAGGUUUCUAAACAGUGGCUUACAGACAAUAUCGGGUAAGCAGCAAUAACAGUGGCAACCUUAACUCAGGUUGGAUGUGCUUUUUGGGAGGGAUGUGGAACAGUAAUAAGUUGGGCAUCUAACAGUGUUUAGCAUUACCUUUUGUACUCUAGCUUGAUUUUAAAUAGUGUAAUAAGACAGAAAGUAAAAAUUAUUUAAAUGCAGUUUUUAUAUUGGCACUCCAGGUCCUUCUGAGUUGAAUCAGUGUAACUAAAAGCUGACUUGACUACAAAGAAACUGCAAAAUCCACUCUUAAGUAGGAACUGCUGGAUUUUGUACUAGAGGGCAACAGCUUUACAGCUUUCAGAACAUAGGUGUUAUUGUGUGUCUGGUAUUGGAGUGGCAAAACUGGUUGCUCUUGCACAAUCUGUUCCAGAAGAUGAAUUUAUAGGAUGUAUUGAAUAAAAAAAAAUACAUUUGUAAAGUAGAGAUCCCUUUGGUAAAGUACAUUUAACUUUUUUUUAAUCCACCAAUUUACUUGUUUUCUGAUGAUAAAAUAACAAAGUUAUCUAAUACAGAUGUGCAUGGCCUCCUAAAUGCUUGUGAUAGCCUGAUUUUUCUUCUAAACUAUAAAAAUGGCCAGACAAAAAGACAACCCAUUUUGCUGGAUGGCUGUCAAAGUUAUGUUUACUUAGAGCCCAUUUCUUCCUCUAAUAGUCUGUGCCCUGAACUCUUCUCUAUAGUAGGUUAUUUUUUGUUACUAAUGACUUUUAAUAUUUAUUUUUUUUAGUUUUGUGAGAGAAUUUCUGUGUUGCAAAAUUAAAUUAUCAGGAAGUGUUGCUAUUGGUUCCAUAAGAAUAUUCAGACAAAAAGCUGGCUUGAAUUUUUGGACAGAACUAUGGGAUUUUUUGUUCAGAUAGGAAAAAAGAGGGCUCAGAGGUCCUUGUAUUCUUUUUAACCCACAUGUACCAGUCUUAUGGACAUUAAUAUAAAAUCUUCAGUCUAAGAUUUGAAACCUCUGUUGGUGCUGCUUACUGGCAUAGAUUAAAUUUCAUUUUUCAUCUGUUCUAGAAAAAGGAGUAUUUUUUCUCUAAGGCCCAGGAACCAGAAAUAAAGCAAACUUGAGUGAUUUAUUUUGUUGCUUCUCAACAGGUUUCAUUCUGGGUCUGCAAGUCUGUAGAUUUUCUUUCAUUUUUUUGCCUCCAUUUCUUGGUGUAGUAUGAUGUUUCACAUUAUUACUGUGUUACAGUGUUCUUUAAUUUUAAUUUCUCCAAAACAGUUGUUGGCUCAGCAGUAUUUGUAGAAUAGCAGCAAGCCCUAUAAAAAGGAUCACAGAGGUAAAAACAAGAUUAAGAAAUUUUAUUUUACUUAGUAUCACAAAACUUGUGGAAUAGUCUACAUAUAGAAUGAGAUCACAUUGAUUUUGUUGUUGUCUUUAUAGUCAUCUCGUCUCAAGAGGUUCAAAGCCAUAUUCUGUGAAGGGAAAGCUGUCUUUUUUGGCUUUUUUUUUCCUCAUUAGCAACGUGAGACUGAUAUGACGCUGCCAUGCCAAUAUUUUACAAGUGGUUAUGUGACAUUUAAUUGGUCCACUGUAUCUAUCUGAAUGAUCUGAUCAUAAGAGAAAAUACGUAUUUGAAAAUUUCCGCGACAGAGAUGAGGCUGUGUUGGACUCUGCAUCCCAGAAUUUUGAUAUGUCUGUACAGCCAAUUUUUGAGAAACAAAGUUAUGGAGGAUGAUAUACUCUUAUGUACCAGUGAACACAGCAAUUUUUAUUAAUUAUUCUACUUCAGACUAAGAUUUCUGCUCCCUCUUCAAGUGGAAUUGCUAUAUGUAGUAUAUUUAGAUGGUUAAACCCGUUAUUCUGUAACUGCUGCAUAUUGUAUUAGUCCCUGAUUUUUAGUUUUUCUAGUCUAUCAAAGUGACUGCCUGGUGCCCAGUUAAUUACAGUUUUACAUGUCCUGGUAGAUGUGACAUCUGCAUUGAUCAUUGCCAUGUCCCCUUUAAUUUCAUUAUUACAUUUUAACAGGGUCAUAAUGUUUAGCUCAUACAGAUAUAAAUUUAGGCAUUUCUUUUUCUCAUAGAUAUAAAGUAUUUUCUAAGCACUGGAGUUUUUCAUUAGAUCUUAUACAGAGCAGUAUUUUACUAAAAAUCCAAAAGGGAAGACUUUUAUGUGCGCAUUUUUGUAGUUUCUGAUUUUUUUAAAAUAACUUUUCAUUGUUUAUCUGCCAAGUGAAAUGUUUUAAAUUUGCAUAUGAAUGGAUACAGAAUGUAUUUUUUGUGCUGUUUAGUGUUAAGUGUGCAUUUGCAGAUUUUUAGCAUGUAGUUGCACAAAGACUGUGCAAAGAUAUUUUGGAAUAUGAAUAUAUGCUACACUGAAGGAAAAACAUUCAUAAAACUUAAAUGCUAUAUAGAACUCUAAUGCAAUAGAGUAAUUUUAUAAACUGUCUGUGUCUGCUUGGAUUAAAUAUUGAAACAACAAACAUUACCUAUUUUCACUGUUUUAUUUCCAAAUACUACAUGGGAACUUGUGUAUGCUCCAACCCAGAAGUUUACAAUAUGAAUCAAAUCUCUUCUGUGAUCUCAGAAGUAGGACCUGCCCUCCUGACUGUUUCUUGAUGGCUUUCAACUGUAACUGUGAUCAAAAUACAAAGUUUUUUUUUCAAAAGGCUGUUGGUCACCUUGCAAUUAAAAGCAUUUAACAGGAUACUGAUCUUCCAAAAAUUUUUUGGCCUUGUCACCAAUUAGAUUAAAAAAAACCCAACCCCAUAGAAAAGUCUUUUUUUUUCCAGUAAGCUCAGUCCUAGUGAUUGUUAACAAGGUGGAGAACCAGCUGGUGGCUGAGAAGCAGAAUGUCUGUUCAUUUUAGUGUGAAUUAGCUUGUUUAAAGCAACCAGCAUAAAGAUUGGAGUACACCCUUAGCAUGACCAGCUGCUGCAACUUUAUGUAAGUGUGUAUGCAACUUGGUGUUUCUGUACAGAACAAGUCUGCUUGGUGUAAACACUCAGGUCAUAUUGCUCAACUUAAAGACACCAAGAUAAAAUCUUACAUUUCAUAAACUGUCUUCAAAUGAUUAGUCAAUGAAGUCUUAACUGCUGUUAUCCUGUAUGGUGAGUUCUGCCAUCUCAAUAUAUAGCACUAAAGAAAAUCCAAGCAACUUAAAUGAAGGGAUAACUUGAAAAUAUUAUCAGUUAUUGCAGAGUAAAUCUUGCAUGGAUGCUC